GCAGACUGCUGGAUAUCUGCUGGAAACCACAGCUUCAGCUCCACCACAUAGCCCUCCCCCAGCAUUUGGUGACUGAAGAGGAGGAUUUCUCCAACCAGCAAUGGAAUAUCAGAGUGGAACAGGAGGAUCCAGAACCUCCAUCUUAUAAAGAAGAGACGGAGGAACAAGAACCUCCAGGAAUUGAAGAAGAACAGGGGAUACCAGGACCAUCACUCAUUAAAGAGGAGCCAGAAGACCUUUUCGUCAGUCAGGUUGAGGAGCAGCUUGAGCUGAAGCAGGAGGUUGAUACCCUGAUGGCGAUUCCUGCUUAUGAGGAAAAUGAUCACAGUGAAGCAGAUCUAAACAAUCAGCAGUGCUUUAAUGUAACUGAGAAUCAGGAGGAAAAAGUAAACAAACAUGAAGAACCAACAUCAUCUACAGCUGGAGAAUCAGACCUGCAGAACCCUCAGAGGAAGAAAAGAGAUAGAAGUGUGGAUAGCUCUUGCAUGUCAGCAAGUCAGUGUGACUCUGAUGUUAUAAAACAUCCCAAAGUAGGAACUUUGGUUAAGAAGUGCAAACAAUCUCAAGAAAGCUCAAGAAUAAUUUGUAAUCUGUCUGACUACAUAGCAACUGAGUCUGAUGAAAUAUAUUUCUGUAAAGAAUGUGACAAAGGUUUUAGUCAAAGAUCUUAUUUGACAAAACAUAUGAGAACUCACACAAGAGAAAAGCCUUUUUCUUGUAAAGAAUGUGAAAAAAGUUUUAGUCAAAGCUCAUAUCUCAAAACACACAUGAGAACUCACACAGGAGAAAAGCCCUUUUCUUGUGAAGAAUGUGAAAAAAGUUUUGGUCAGAAAUCUCAUCUCACAUUACACAUGAGAAUUCAUACAGGAGAAAAGCCAUAUUCUUGUAAAGAAUGUGAAAGGAGUUUUACUAAUAUAGCUUAUCUCAGAUCACACAUGACAACUCAUUCGGGAGAGAAGCCUUUUUCUUGUAAAGAAUGUGAAAGAAGUUUUAGUAAUGUAGCUUAUCUCAAAGUACACAUGAGAACUCAUACAGGAGAAAGGCCUUUUUCUUGUCAGGAAUGUGAUUCAAGUUUUAGUCACAAAGGUAGUCUCAUAAUUCACAUGAGAACUCACACAGGAGAAAAGCCUUUUUCUUGUAAAGAAUGUGAUGCAAGAUUUGGGCAAAUGAGUAAUCUCAAAACACACAUGAAAACUCAUACACAAGAAAAGCCUUUUUCUUGUAAAGAGUGUGAUGCAAGUUUUGGUCACACGUCUAGUCUCAAAACACAUAUGAGAACUCACACAGGAGAAAAGCCUUUUACUUGUAAAGAAUGUGAAAAAAGUUUUAAUCAACAAUGCCAUCUCAAAACACAUAUGAAAACUCACACAGAAGAGAAGCCUUUUUCUUGUAAAGAAUGUGGUAAAAGUUUUCGUCGUCUUUAUCACCUCAAAACACACAUGGUAACUCACUCAGAAGAAAAGCCAUAUUCUUGUAAAGAAUGUGAAAGGAGUUUUAGUAAUAUAGCUGGUCUCAAAUCACACAUGAUAACUCAUAAAGGAGAAAAGCCUUUUUUUUGUACAGAAUGUGAAACAAGUUUUCGUCGUGUAUCUAAUCUCAAAUCACACAUGCGAAUUCACACAGGAGAAAAGCCCUUUUCAUGUACAGAAUGUGAUAGAAGUUUCAGACAUGUAAGUAGUCUCAAUGUACAUAUGAGAGAUCAUACAGGAGAGAAGCCCUUUCCUUGUGAAAAAUGUGACGCAAGUUUUAGUCAGGCAUGUAAUCUCAAAAAGCACAUGAGAUCUCAUACAGAAAAAAUGCAUUUUUCUUUUUAAUUAAUGUCAUAAAAAGUCUUAGUAACUAGUCUCAACGGACACAUGAAAACUCACAUGAAUAAAGUAUUUUUUUUCAAUGUA